AUGAAUCGAUUUGAUUGGAAUAAACUCUCACCCGACGAAUUCGAGCGUCUACAAGAAUACAUAUCAUAUGCACCGAAGAAGGUCAAAGAUGUUGUUGCUAUACUUCAACAAGAUCCAUCUUGGUUAGCUCAUCGAUAUGACGAGCAACUAGAUUAUCAAGGUUUUCGGCAAUUUCUUGAAUUACUCUUUGAUAAUUCCGAUAUACCAGAAGAUUUAUGCCGACAUCUAUUUCUGUCAUUUAUCAAAAAACCAGCUCUUACUCUGUCAAUCGAUGCUUCAUCACCGAUUAAUGCUCUUCCACAAAUUACUGCCGCGAUACCGGCAACAGCAAAUCCAAAUUUAUCAUUUGGCACACUACCAUCGCCGACAAAUGUAACAGCAACACCUCUACUACCUUCACCUUCGACUGCUACGUCAACACCCAAUCGAGCAUUUGAAAUUGCCGAUAAAUUACCUAGUCUUUCAUUUCUACCCGACAGAUUCUUUCGAAGCAAACGAAAUCCAGCUAAUUUCACGGACGAGAACGGUACCAAUGGAACGAAUGAGAAUAAAAAUCGAACUGGUAUCUGUCAUUCAGCUAAGGGAACUCUUAUGCGCCGAGGUAAUUCCCAUGAUCAACAUUAUGAUUCAUCAGGGAAUUCUCGACAAUCAUCCAGAAAAUCUAAUCCAUCAAUCCAUUCGAUCCAUUCAUUACAUAACAAUGUCAUAACCACAGUUACUCCUGACGAUCCCUGGGUGAUUCGAACAUCUUUAUCUCAAUUGCUGAGCAUGAUAUCUGGUAAUGAUUCCACACGUGCCAGUCAUCAUCAUAACAAUCAUAAUCAUAAUCAGACAACUGCCCAAUCGAGAGUGCAAUUAGAGCAAGAGAUCGAUGUUAAGACAGUACGAAUACAAUUCAAAGAUAUCAUUUGUUAUUUUUCCUUACUGGAAGGAGGAACACCUGAACAAAAACUCGAAUUUAUGUUUAUGUUAUAUGAUGAAGAUAGUAAUGGAAUAUUGGACAAACAGGAAACUGAUUCGAUUGUUAAUCAAAUGAUGAAUGUAGCUGAGUAUUUGGGUUGGGAUGUAUCCGAAUUAAGACCAAUUCUCGAAGCUAUGAUGAAAGAAAUCGAUUAUGACAAUGAUGGUGCUGUGACGUUAGAAGAAUGGAAACGUGGAGGACUAACCACAGUACCUUUACUAGUUCUACUAGGACUGGAUUCGAACGUCAAAGACGAUGGAACGCACUCAUGGAAAUUGAAACAUUUUAACAAACCAGCAUAUUGCAAUCUUUGUCUAACAAUGCUAGUUGGUUUAGGCAAACAAGGUUUAUGUUGUACAUUUUGCCGAUAUGUUGUGCAUGAACGAUGUGCGAAUCGGGCACCGGCGAACUGCAUAUCAACGUAUAUGAAAACACGUAAAGUGGAGACGACAAUGUUACAUCAUUGGAUCGAAGGCAAUUGCCCAGGAAAGUGUGAUCGAUGCAGAAAAUCUAUUAAAACGUAUAAUGGUAUCACUGGUCUGCAUUGUCGUUGGUGUCAAAUGACAUUGCAUAAUAAAUGUGCCUCACAAUUAAAGCCUGAAUGUACAUUGGGUCCAAAUCGAGAUCAUAUUAUUCCACCUACCUGCAUAUGUCCAGCUGUUUUAGAACGACCAAAAGCUCUACGAAAUGGAAAUGGCCUUAAACGGGAAGAAUCAUGUGUCGAAGGAUCCAUUCAGUCAUUUCAAAUCAAUCCAUUACCGAAUACACAUCCAUUGCUGAUUUUCAUUAAUCCAAAGUCCGGCGGCAAGCAAGGAGAACGUAUCAUGCGCAAGUUUCAAUUUUUAUUGAACCCUCGUCAAGUUUUUAACCUAACCAAGAAUGGACCAAUGCCUGGAUUACAAUUCUUCAAAGAUGUUGAAGACUUCCGGGUACUAUGUUGUGGUGGCGAUGGAACAGUUGGAUGGGUACUUGAUGUCAUGGAUAAAGUACCGUUUGUUCGUCGAGCACCGGUGGCUGUUCUCCCUCUAGGUACAGGAAAUGAUUUAGCUCGAUGUCUAGCAUGGGGUGGUGGAUAUGAAAAUGAAAGCUUAAAUAAGAUCUUAAAGAAAGUUUCACAAGCACCGGUGAUCAUGCUUGACCGAUGGCAAAUCGAAUUCAGUACACGAACCGAUACAGACGAAAAAGGCGAUGAUAUUCCAUAUAACAUAAUAAACAAUUAUUUCUCGAUCGGUGUUGAUGCUUCAAUUGCACAUCGAUUUCAUUUAAUGCGUGAAAAACAUCCGGAAAAAUUUAGUAGCAGGAUGAAAAAUAGAUUAUGGUAUUUAGAAUUCGGCACGUCCGAAGCGAUUUUUUCUACAUGUAAAAACUUACAUGAAAAUAUUGAUAUUAUGUGUGAUGGUGUUUCACUGGAUUUAUCGAAUGGACCAUCUUUAGAAGGCAUUGCUUUGUUGAAUAUUCCGAGUAUUUAUGGUGGAAUUUCCUUAUGGGGUGAAGGCAAUCGACAUAAAAGUCGUAAAACACCCAUCAGUUUCCAGCGCAAAGAUUCGGAAUUUUCAACAAGUUCAACGUCAGAUAUGACAUUUGUUUUGCAAGAUGUGGGCGACAAAUUGAUCGAAGUAGUUGGUGUUCAAUCAGCUAUUCAUGCUGGUUCGAUUUACGCAGGUGUUCGUUCAAGUGCUAAACGUCUCGGUCAAUGCUCAUCAGUUGUGAUCAGAACUCGAAAAAGUUUUCCGAUGCAAAUCGAUGGUGAACCUUGGCUUCAACCUCCAUGUACAAUUUCAAUCACGCAUAAAAAUCAAGUUCCAAUGUUAAUGGCACCUCGAAAAGAACAUCGAAAUAGCCUAUGGAGUUUAUUUAAAAAAUAA